GGCAGGAACCCGUGGCCCCCGACCGAUCUUCCCUGACCGGUGACGACGUCCAUCACACGUGUUUUCACGCGCAGAUCGGCCGGAUAUCUCCCCUCGCUCGCGGGCCACCACGCGCGCGGUCACGCGAUCGACGCGAGUCGAUUAAAUACAUUCGGUUCGAAUAGACGGAAGUAGAAUAGAUCAGACGCGCGAUGACCGCCGUCGCGGUUUUGGCAACAAUCUCCGCCGCGAUAAUCGCCCUGGGCGACGCGGCCUCGGUGGCGCGUGUCACCCACGCCACCUCAUCCGGCGGACCGAAGGACCUCUGUGACAGCGAAGUCUAUUGCGAGGGACCGCUGUUGCAUACGGUGCAGCUCGCUGGCAUUUUUAACGACAGCAAAACCUUCGUGGACCUUUACCAGAAACACGAUCCAGACAUAACCGUCAAGAACUUCAAUGCUUUGAUGGAGGCGACCAACAACUCCCCCAAUCGCAACGAGGUAGCAGCGUUUGUCGCAGAAAAUUUUGAAAUGCAAGACGAACUGGAAAACUCGACAUUGCCGGACUGGAAGGAAAAUCCCCAGAUCCUAAAAAUCAUUCAGGAUCCCGAGUAUCGAGAAUGGGCGAAACGUUUGAAUUACAUUUGGAAAACUUUGGCGAGGAAGAUAAAAAGCGACUUGAUGGUGAACCCGCAGCGACACAGCUUGAUUUACGUGAACAAUACCUUCGUUAUUCCCGGUGGACGAUUUAAAGAGUUUUAUUAUUGGGACAGCUACUGGAUAAUCGAGGGACUCUUAUUGUGCGACAUGCCCGACACCGUUAAAGGAAUGAUCGAGAAUUUCCUCUCUAUGGUAGAGAGAUUCGGCUUUAUACCGAACGGCGGCAGAGUUUAUUACUUAAUGCGAAGCCAGCCACCUUUAUUAAUACCGAUGGUCGCAAAAUAUUUCGAAUACACGAAAGAUCGCGCAUUUCUGAAGAAGAACAUAGGGCUGCUCGACAAGGAGUUUGAAUAUUGGCAAAACAAAAAGACGGUGGACGUAAGGAAAAACGGGAAGACGUACAAGAUGGCGCGUUACGUGGUAAACAGCAAUGGACCUCGACCGGAAAGCUACAAGGAGGAUUAUCUGCUGGUGCAGCAAAUGCCGGAGGAGAGGCGGGCGGCGGUUUACAAUGACUUGAAAGCCGCGGCGGAGAGCGGCUGGGACUUCUCCUACAGAUGGUGCAUACGUACUAACAAGGACGGCAAUCUCAGCCUCAUGAACGUCUCCACGAGCGACAUCAUACCCGUCGAUUUGAACGCAAUAUUGCAACGAAACGCCCGGUACCUCGCCCACUUUCACGGUAUCCUGGGUAACGCGAAGAGAGUCUGGCGUUACGCCCAGAUUGCCUCGCACUAUCAAGCUGCCAUCGACAACGUGCUGUGGAACGAGAAGGAAGGAACCUGGUUCGAUUACGACAUGAGAGAUAAGCGGUCAAAGAAUUCGUUCUACCCAUCGAAUCUGACGCCUCUAUACACAAUGAGCUACGAUCAGAAUAAGACACUUGAUUAUGCUCUGAAAUCCAUUUCUUACCUCAAAAGAAACAAGGUCGACACGUUCUUUGGUGGCACACCAACUUCCGCGAACUACACCGGCGAACAAUGGGACUUCCCGAACGCGUGGCCGCCGUUGCAGUCUUUCCUGAUUCUGGGUCUCUAUCAAACCCGUGUGAAGGAGGCGAGGGACCUGGCCGAGAUACUGGCCGACAGGUGGCUUAGGUCGAAUUACCUCGGUUACGACGAAUACGGCAAGAUGUUCGAGAAGUACAACGCGAUACAUCCCGGCGAGGGCGGCGCCGGCGGCGAGUACAACGUCCAGGAGGGCUUCGGGUGGACGAACGGCAUCGUCUUGGAACUCCUCCGCAUCUUCCAGAAGGCGAGGUCGAUGGACGGCGGCUUUGAAUACAACGACGGCAGUAAUGGCAUUGACAGAUAAUGCACGUGGACGGAUAGCUAAUUGGAUCCGUAUAUUAGGAGUUAAUGAUUAGUGUCGAAAGAGGGAAGGAGGUAAAUGCGUAUAAUUGGAUCAAAAGAAAUCGCUAGUCGAUCGGGAUUUUUAAUUCCCGUCCAGUUUCUACCACAAAUUAGAUUCCCCUAGAACUUAAAAAUCAGAGACCAAUCAGAGCACGUUUUUCUUCGUAAAUUUAUUAACGUAGCGCUAGUUUCGUUUAUAGACACUUUUAAUUUUUCCUCGCGUCUGUGUCUUUCACAGUUUAUUGUUGAAGAUACAGCGUAUCUUUUAAUCCAUGAACAUUUAACUUAUACAGUUUAUAAAUCUUUAAACAAUAGAAAUUAUCUGUAGAAAUAAUAAUUUCUCAAAAUAAAACUUAACCCUAUAACAGUAAACUUUUUCUUACUUCAAACGA